AUGUCGCUGGAUACUGGCAAGUUACCAGUAACAAGGAUUCAUGGCACUGACUUGGCUCACCUCCGAUUCACCGAGUCAGAAAGAAAGGAAUUCAUUCAGCUAUGGCUAUUUUUCCAUUACCUGCUAUGCCGUCUGGAUCCCCGGCAGCCGGUCGAGGCAUACUUACCAGACGUAAAAGAUCCUGACGAUAACUUGGUUGACUCCACCCAAGAGCGAUUGUGUCCCUAUUUUAUCAUUAUUAGUGUCGUCAUAACACUAAUGGCCCUGCACUGGUUGUACCGUUGCCUGUCAUCAGCUACUUUUCGGCUUCUGCAAAUUGAUACAUUGUCUCCCUUGGGAUUCGUUCUGCUUAUAUUCUAUUUUGCAGGAACUGCGAUUUUCAACUUUGUUGGUGCAACGACAACUGCGGAAAAGGGAGUUCGGGCUGCUCAACUUGCCCUAGCAAACCUGAUUCCUCUUUACUUUUCUAGUGGCCGAGAAUUCGGUGCCCACAUCCUUGGUAUAUCUUUGGAGGCAUAUGGAAUUAUUCAUCGAACUACCGGAUUUAUGGCCGCCCUGCAGGCUGCUAUUCACGUAACGAUUGGUUAUCAAAAUAAUGCAUUCAACCUGUCGAGUCCUACGGGCUUUAAUGGUCUAUUGGUAGGUUUCAAGAGCCACAUAAAUGCCCAAUGGUUCUCUGGAGGAUGCAUGCUUUUAUCGCUUUUAAUACUUCCGAUGGUGAAGCGUCGUGUCUAUGAAGUCUUUUUCAUUACGCACUUGGUUUGUGCUGUGAUUGCGUUAGUCGCAAUCUGGAGGCACAUUGAUUCAUCUCAUAGCCAGUCCCGGAGAUACAUCCUGGCAAGCCUGUGCGGGCUCACCGCAACCGGGGCACUACAGCUGCUUCGCCUUAUUUAUCGCAACGUCGCCGUUGGUCGAAAGUCUGUUCGUAUAGUAGCGAGACCUUAUUCUGAAGAUAUCGUCCAAGCUGUACUAUAUAUUCCUCGGCCGUGGAAGGUGCGUGCCGGUGAGAGAAUCAAUCUAGGUGUGCCAUUCCUCGGACUUUUCUAUUUAUUCCAGGCCCAUCCAUUCACUAUUGCUUGGUGGGAAGAAGAUUACGAAGGCAACGCGGAUUCUAUUUCUUUAAUGUUCCGGGCUCGCACGGGCUUCACUAGAAAGGUGCUAGACUGUCUAGAGCCUGACCGUGAAUACUGGGCUUGGAUAGACGGCCCCUUUGGGCCAUCUUCGCCACAGAACUUUGGGAGCUCAAGAGAAAUAGCAGACUUCGGACAUAUCUUGAUGGUUACUACCGGUAUUGGGAUUGCUGCACAGCUGCCGUAUAUCAAGGAGCUCUUACGCAAAUAUCGAAAUGCCAGCGUGAACACACAAACCAUAUCUCUGGUUUGGCAAUUGGAUCGCACUGGAGACUGGGAGAGCGCUCGCGAUUGGCUACAGCAACUCGUCAAGGAAGACGAUGGUUAUGUUGCUGUCUAUGACCCAUUGCGUACUGAUAGCCCUCAGGAGCCUCGAAAAAUAGGCCAUCAUGAAUUGAUCUCUUUGUACGGUGGGGAAGUGAAUUGGGCCGACAUACUCGCAGGCGAAAUGGGUAAAAGGACAGGCAAGCUUUUGCUGUAUAGUUUCCGCAAGGCGGCGGAUACGUAA